AAGAUUCUAAUAAACCAACAAGAAGUCGUCUAUUUCAAAGUUCCUGCACCUUUUGACUCGCCCCCUACGCACAAAACCCAUUUCAAUCUUCACUCAAGUUUCAACUUUUUCGUAACCCUUUAACCCAAUUCAAGCACACCCAGUUGGAUUUCUCUGCAAAUUUGUGGUUAUGGCUGGCCGUUAUGAUCCCAAUCCGUUUGAUGAAGGGGAUGAAGUUAACCCCUUUGCUGAUCAAGGGAAAGGAGCUGGAAAGUCGAACUUUAGUGGAGGCCCGUUUUACACAACAAGUGUUCCUUCGGCUGCAAACUCUAGACUUUCGCCCCUUCCACAUGAGCCCGCAGAUUUCUAUGAUAGGGGUGCCCCUGUUGACAUUCCUCUUGAUUCAGCUACAGAUUUGAAAAAGAAAGAGCGAGAACUACAAGCUAGGGAAGCUGAUCUGAAGAAGAGAGAAGAUAUAGUCAAGCGCAAAGAAGAGGCAGCCGCUCGAGCUGGUAUCGUUCUUGAGGAGAAAAACUGGCCACCAUUUUUCCCAAUUAUUCAUCAUGAUAUUGCAAAUGAGAUACCAAUUCACCUUCAGAAACUUCAGUAUGUUGCAUUCACGACAUACUUGGGAUUGGUUCUUUGCCUUCUUUGGAACAUUAUAGCCACAACAACAGCGUGGAUUAAAGGAGAAGACCCGAAGAUCUGGUUUCUUGCUCUUAUCUACUUCAUAUCAGGGGUCCCACUUGCCUAUGUAUUGUGGUACCGACCACUUUAUCGAGCUUUUAGGAGUGAAAGUGCGUUUAAGUUCAGCUGGUUUUUCCUAUUUUACUUGGUUCACAUAGGCUUUGUCAUCUUUGCUGCAGUUGCUCCUCCCGUUGUCUUCAAAGGAAAAUCUCUCGCAGGUAUUCUACCAGCCGUGGAUCUUGUAGGCAAACAUGCUUUGGUUGGGAUCUUUUACUUUGUUGGAUUCGGGCUCUUCUGUCUAGAAUCGCUGCUUAGCAUCUGGGUUAUUCAGCAAGUUUACAUGUAUUUCCGAGGGAGUGGGCAUGCUGCAGAGAUGAAACGUGAAGUUGCUAGAAGUGCGGUUCGAGCAGCAAUAUGAGCAUGUCUUUAUGGUCAAUCCUAUCUUAAUUUCCUGAACGCGUUUUAAUAGUUUCUUUUGUUUGAAAAAUUACCAUUAAUGCGAGGAUAUGGUUUUUUUUUUCUCCAAAAAGUAUAGAAAAGAUGGUCAUCGAUUUCUGUUUGUAAAUCUGUUAUUUGUUCACAAGAGAUGGGUGAUUCUUGUUUAUUGGCAUUCUGGUUUUGUGCUUCA